AUGAUGCAUAAUGAACCAAUCCAAGCACUUCCACCACCAUCAUCGUCAUCAUCAUCAUCAAAUGCAUUUCUUGAUUUUACUAAUCAAGAACAACGAACAUCAUCAUCAAUAAAUAUAUCAAAUCAACAAUAUUCAAAUUUUAUUCAUAAUGCAUAUCCAAUAUCACAAGAACAAUUUUAUUCAUCAAAUUAUUCAUAUCCAUAUAAUAUACCAUAUUCAUCAUUAACAAUUGAUUCAAAUUUAGUUGAUGAUAAAUCAUCUCAUUAUGAUAAUCCACCAAAAUUAACAAUAAAAGGAAAAAAAAUUCGUAAACCAAGAACAAUUUAUUCAAGUAUGCAAUUACAAGUACUUAAUAAACGUUUUCAACGUACACAAUAUCUUGCUUUACCUGAACGUGCUGAAUUAGCUGCAUCACUUGGACUUACACAAACACAAGUCAAAAUUUGGUUUCAAAAUAAACGAAUAAAACACGAACAACAACAACAACAACAACAACCAACAUCAUCAUCAGCACCAUCAUCAACAAAUUCAAAUUCAUUUAUUAUUGAUGCUACAUCAUCAUCACCAUAUGGACAUGUAAUGGAUUAUACAAAUCAUCCAAAUAAUUUUUGGCCAUUACCACCACCACCACCACCACCAUCAUCAUCAUAUGCUGUUAAUUAG